CCUCAGGAAAAGAGGGACCAGAUUUGGUUAAAACCGGUUGAGUGUAAGAUCUUCGAAGGCGUUUCAGGCUCUGGUGGAUUUGUGUGCAAGGUUUGCACGUUUACGCUGCUGCUGCAACAACAUUGUCGCACACACUCGCCGCUGCUGACGAAACAAAGACGCGGUGUUUAAGUGAGUAGCGGUGUUGUUACAUUGCAGCAGUUGCUCGGUUGUUGUGUCACAGGCCGCGACUGUUGUGGAACAAAGUGGCCUCAGGGAGAAGAAGCGGUUCACUGAUGGAGCUGCUGGGUUUCGUGUGCGUGUGCGUCCUCCUGUGCUCGGCCGUGGUUCACAGUAAGCCCACGCUGAGGAAAGAGAGAGUGAUCCAUGACACUGACCUGAACAUGCGAACGCCCGACGACAAUAAAAGCUUCCAGUACGAUCAUGAGGCCUUUCUGGGCAAAGAGGAGGCCAAGACGUUUGACCAGCUCACUCCUGAGGAGAGCAAGGAGAGACUCGGUAAAAUCGUUCAGCGGAUCGACACCAACGGCGACGGCUACAUCACCACAGCCGAACUCAAGGCUUGGAUCAAGCGCGUUCAGAAGCGCUACGUGUACGAGAACGUGGCGAAGGUGUGGACGGAUUACGACCUGAACAAAGACAGCAGGAUUUCAUGGAACGAGUACAAGCAGGCCACAUACGGCUACUACCUCUCCAACCCGGAGGAGUUUGAGGAAGCAACGGAACAGUUCAGCUUCAAGAAGAUGCUUCCUCGAGACGAGAGGAGGUUCAGAACGGCCGAUCUGAACGGAGACCAGACAGCAGACCGAGAGGAGUUCACAGCAUUUCUCCACCCAGAGGAGUUUGAACACAUGAGGGAUAUUGUGAUUCUGGAGACCCUGGAGGACAUUGACAAGAACGGUGACGGACAUGUGGACGAGGACGAGUACAUCGCGGACAUGUUCGCCCACGAGGACGGGGGUCCAGAGCCAGACUGGGUCAGGACCGAGAGGGAGCAGUUCUCCGAUUUCCGGGACUUGAACAAAGACGGUAAAAUGGACGAGGAGGAGAUCCGCCAGUGGAUUAUGCCCCAGGACUACGACCAUGCGCAGGCUGAGGCCAGACAUCUGGUCUAUGAGUCUGACAAGGACAAGGAUCAAAUGCUGAGCAAAGAAGAGAUUAUUGAGAACUGGAACAUGUUUGUCGGAAGUCAAGCCACCAACUACGGAGAGGACCUCACCCGGAACCACGACGAGCUCUGAGUUCUUGGUGAGUGUGUGUGUGUGUGUGUGUCCGUGUGUGGGCGAGAGGAGGAUCGAACAUCUUUGUCAACAUGGACAGAAAAGCAGACUCUUAUUCCUCCUCCUACCACCACUCCAUCGUUUCCUUGUGAUAGUGGGACAGACAUCAGUGCCUCAGGACCUCAGACCAACACUGUAGCUCUAACGAGGCUGGUCCCGCCUCAUCAGAGUCCCAUCAUGGCGUUUGCGUCGCCGG